UGUUUUAACUCCAUUAAGGCAAUGUCACUUAACAAAUCGAGGGAUAGUUCAGUAGCCGGGACAAAGCGCGCGUCACAAUGGGAGGAUCUGAUGAGAAAGUUCUCAGAAGCGCACAAAGAGGAGUGCAAAACUGUAUCGUUGGACAUUCCUCGGGUGCAGCGUUCCACGAAGCAGUUCCCGACUGGCUCUCAAUACGAAGGCACUUGGGAUUUGCUCGGAAUGAGUGGCUUUGGUGUUUACAAAUUUCCCAAUGAUGUUAUCUACGAGGGAGAAUUUGACGACGGAAUGUUUCACGGUCGAGGGGAUCUUAUUUAUCCUAGUGGCGUUGUACUCCGCGGAACAUGGAAGAAAGGAAAAAUGACCGAAAGAAAACUCGUCUUUGCCGACGGUUUGGAGUAUGACGAGGUGGAUUGGAAGUAUUGCAAGAAGCCUGACAGACGGUUUACUAUAGAGUACGAAAAAGGUCUGCAACCGGCCGGCAAGUCUUUCAUGACCGCAGAACAACCUACUCGGCCCAUACCACCAGGGUUUUAUGAUUCUGGUGACGGAUUCUACGACCCCGAAACUAAAGCCGUAUACAAAGUUGACGAUCUUAGCGCCAUUGUAAGGUCACCAUCCGUUCGUGAACAAAAAUGGAUAAUCGAGAACUGUCGCACGAGCCCUGACAAACCAUUAGGACCUCGGGGAUAUCUCUACGAAGAAUGGGUUGAACCGCUGAUUACACUCCCUCGACCUCCUAAACCAUCGUCAGCCUCUCAAGCUAAUGAUUCUGUGACUUUGUCACAAUUUAUAUACGAACAGGAUCGCGAAAUGGAAGUCGCUUUCGAAAAUCUUGAAGAUGACGAAUCCUUCACAUCGAGCAGCACAGAAUCCAUUUCUACGACCGGAACCUGCUGCCAUUAAUACUGUCG